ACACAUAAAUUCGGACUGUCAAACAGAAUCGAGCCAAAGUAAGCUGGAGUUUUUCAGAUAAUCCAAAAACCAAACCAAAACCAAAUCGAAAUCGAAAUAAGAAAUGUAUGCAGCCGUCAAGCCUCUCUCGAAUUAUCUACGCCUAAAGACAGUGCGAAUCUAUGAUCCAAUAUUCACGUUGCAUUCCAAGUGCACCAUCGUUAUACUGCUGACUUGCACCUUUCUGUUGUCCGCGAAACAGUAUUUUGGUGAGCCUAUACUGUGCAUCAGUACCGAGAAGAAUAUUGAGUAUGUACAGUCCUAUUGCUGGACCAUGGGCACCUAUAUCCUGCCCACCGAAGAUGAUACGGAUAGCUCCAAUAGCUGGGAUUUUCCCUUCUACUCCUCGGCCGCCACCGAAGCCUUUAAUCUGACCAGCCUGCGUGCCUUGGUGGCCCACAAUGAGCAAUAUGCCCGGGUCAUUUCGAUUGCAGAGGGCGUUGGGCCGGAAACGCGUGGCGUUACCAAGAGAUUAUAUCUACGCUACUACCAGUGGGUCUUUAUGAUCCUGCUCUUUCAGUCCCUGCUUUUCUACUUUCCCUCGUUUCUGUGGAAGGUAUGGGAGGGACAGCGCAUGGAACAGCUGUGCUGUGAAGUGGGUGACGCUCUCAUCCUGGAGGCCACCUAUCGUAACCGCCUGCAGAUGCUCACCAAGUACUUUCGCGCCCAGUUCGCUCCCAUCCACUGCUGCUACUCAAUCAAAUACGCCUUCUGCGAGCUACUCAAUCUUCUGAUUAGCAUAUUGAACUUCUGGCUAAUGGAUGUGGUUUUCAAUGGUUUCUGGCGCAAAUACAUCCACGCCCUGGCCGCCAUACCCGUUUACGAUUGGAAUUUAUGGAACCUAAUGACUUCCCGUGUUUUUCCCAAAGUGGCCAAAUGCGAAAUGUUCGUUUACGGCCCUAGCGGCACUCCCAAUGUCCUGGACAUCCUCUGCGUUCUGCCACUAAACAUUCUAAACGAAAAGAUCUUCGCUGUUCUUUACGUAUGGUUUCUAUUCAUCGCAAUGCUGGCGACCAUCAAUAUCUUCUAUCGGCUAUUGCUUUUCUGUUGCCCCGAGUUACGACUUCAGCUGCUCCGCACCCAUUUGCGCGGAAUGCCCAAGACGCAAGUGCGCGAAGUUCUUAACAACGUUGGCUAUGGCGAUUGGUUCGUGCUCAUGUGCGUGAGCAUCAAUGUGAACCCAUCGCUUUUCCGGGAUCUUCUCGAGCAGCUCUAUGUUAAUCAGAAGCAGGGACCCUCUAUGAAACCUAUGAACGCGGAUAUUAAACGUCAUUCGCUGCAAUCACAGACCAGAGUUGAAAGGAAUACCAGUCGCAAUUGUAGCAUUGGUCUUGAUCCAAUGGUCGAUCGUCAUUCGAUUGGCAUGGCCAGCAAUCGAAUGGAAGCGGUACCCCCGACGGCCCCGACUCUUAAUUUAAUGGCACCCAAUGACGAGAUAAUCAGUAUGGAUCGCUACUUCCUUGAGAGCCAUGCCUAGGAUCUGGAUAUCUCUCUACUUUUCAGAUGUAAUACCAAAUAGCGAAGUAUCUAACUUACUAUUAUAGACUAAUAAAUGGCUCCUAGGAGA